AUGCAGCCCCGAGAUUUGUCCCAAAACUACCUAGUCUUGGCCCCGGAGACAGAUACGCGUGCCAGACGCCAGCAUCAAUUAACUUUUGUCAAUGAUAACAAGCAAGAUAUUCGCAGAUUAAAUGCCAAUAAUGCAGCAAAGCAUCGUCGAGCAAUCUUCACAGAGGCCGAGCGCCAGUACAUGAGCAAUGAAGUCGUCAAUUCCUUACCGGGACGUGACCAUACCCAAGCCUUGCUGGAUAUAGAAAGAUAUGAGUGCAUGACAAAUGAAAACGUACAUUUUUCGUUCUUCAGGGGACCAUUUGGUAUCUCCAGGCUCGCGCAGACCCCCACUUCGGAAGAAGCAGUUCCCAGCGAUGACGAAAUCCCACUGCUACUAGACGACUGGACGCUAGGGUUAGAUCCAACAGUUCAUCAAGAAGAACUGGACUUUGAGCUCAUUGAGAGCAUUCUUGAUAUUCCGGAAGAUGAACAGAUUAAUACUUUGGCCCCUUGGAGUCUCAUCACAUCAAAUGCAGAGGACGUUGAAUUGGGCUCAGACAUAUCACCCAAUAUCGAAGCACCCUUGAAUUUCUUCAGUAACCACAUCGAAGCUUGGUCGAUUCUUUCACAUUACAGGGACAAGAUUGUUCCCUUGAUCUCACCUCUCGGCUUUGGCCAAGAAGCGCCAUGGUUGAAUCUCAUCAUGCCUUGCGCUAUCAGCGCACUGACUGAUCUCAGUGCAAAUGGAAGUGUCUCAUAUGCAAGACUUGCAUUAUUAAAUGCUCUGUUAAGUACUAGCGCCUUUCAUAUGGGAAACCAUUCAACCACAUCAAUUGAAAGCUGGACAGCAACUGGAAAUACAUACCUAAAGCGGGCUCAGCACUACUUCCUACGAUGCAUGGAAGAGAUUUGUCUUUCGACCGAAAAGACCAGCAAGUACAAGGAGAUAUUGAUGGUGAUACUGAGUCUCUCAACCGCAUAUGUAUGUGGCAACACUACAAUUCCCGAGCUUUACGGAUCUAAGCAACUAAUUUCUUCACUCGAGCAGAUGAUCAAGGGAGAUUCCGAACAGCGUAUAUCCUGCCUGAUUCAAGCCGAGAAGUUUAUAUCCAUAAAUGGGUUCAAGACGCCCACCCUCUCGCCCAAGCGCAGAGCCCUACAUCACUGCUACGCCUAUAUGCGCAUCAUGGCAGAAACGACCAGUGUCAACGAUAGCCUGACAGCAAGCCUAGCGAACGCCAGCCUCUCCGAUGAAACGAUGCCCUACACCGAUUUCCGGAUCUACCCCAACAUCGUCUUCUCAGACAACAUCAUGGCCAUGGAGAAGGAUCCUGCUGUCGCACAACGCGAUCUUCAUUUAGCUAUACCGGGCCGCUGGAGCUUAACGCUAUUCCCGAAGAUAUACGGUAUCGCCGAGAGUUUUCUCAUGCUCCUCUCGCAAGUGAUUCGGCUAGCGAAUGAGCGGGACAUUUCAUUACAUCAAAGCGAAGAGGGCAUGUUGAGUCUUAGGGAUUUCUGGACCAGAGGCAAGGCGCUAGAAAAAGCUAUUCGGGCUCUUUUGAUCUCUUGUAAUGGUCGUACUCAUUGGCAGGAUGAAAGUCAGGUUGAAGGCAAGCCACGGGCGAGGGCGAUGUAUACUGCGUUGUUGAUAUUCUUUCAUCGGAGAAUUAACGAUUUGGAUCCUUCGUUGCUUCAACGGGAGGUGGAGGCUGUGCGGGAUUUUCUUGAACGGGUGAAGGUGGAUGAGGCUGGGGUAGGAGGUGAGAAUAUGGCAACGCUUAUUUGGCCGGCAUUUAUUGCUGCUUGUGAGGCUGUGCAUUCGGAGACACAGAUGUUCUUUUCUGCGUGGUUUGAGUCUUGUUUUGCAAUGACUGGGCUUGUUAAUGCUUCUGUUGCUAGGCAGAUUAUUGAGACGAUAUGGGUUAAGAGGGAGGAGAGUGGCUUGGAUGGCGAGAUGUGUAAUUGGCCGGAUAUUUUGAGAGCUAAGAAGAUAAGACUGAUGUGUACCUAA